AUGCCGUAUUCCUUAAUGUUCAACCUCCUUCUACCUUGCAGUUCUUCUCGACCUUACGCCUCUCCUUCCCUCCGUCCCAAUUCCCUCUCCGCUGGUUUCUUGAGAGCAGAAGACAGCAGUGGCAGUGGCUCACUGCAAGAGGGGCAAGGGUCUUAUUCGCCUCAACGGUUAGUUCUUUCGCUUGCUCCACAUCCUCUGCUAUGGUCGCCGCUGGAGCUGGUGGAGCCUGAUACGCUCCGCGCCAAGGCGUUCGAGCCCGUGACGGUGCUGGGCAAGGACAAGUUCGCCAAUGUCGACAUCCGCAUCCGCGUGCAGGGAGGAGGACACGUGUCACAGAUCUACGCCAUCCGUCAGGCCAUUGCCAAGGCCCUCGUUGCCUACUACCAGAAGUACGUGGACGAGCAGUCCAAGCGGGAGCUGAAGAACUUGUUGUUGCGUUACGACCGCACUCUCCUCGUUGCUGACCCCCGCCGCUGCGAGCCCAAGAAGUUCGGUGGUCGUGGUGCCCGCGCCCGCUACCAGAAGUCUUACCGUUAA